UCUAACGUUUUACAGUCGCACUUAAGUGUCUUUUUUUUAAUGAAAUCAUAAAAUAAACAUGUCGCUAACGAAUUAUUAUUCCAUGAUGGGGCUGCAGGCCGAGGAGCCGUACGGUGCACAUUUCAUCCCGGGAGGCUUGCAGGGUUCGACGGCCGGCUGCGCGAAGUCAGCCCGCAGAGCGGAGGAGGGGGCGGAGGAGGGGGCCCCCGGCUCGCACAUUCCGGAUUUUUCCCAUUUUCCCAACAAACAGUCGGGCUUGAACGGCUUCUCUCCCUGGGUGAACACCUGCGCGUCCCCUUCGCCCUCCUCCCCGCAGCUGCAGUCCGCCCCCGGCGCCUCCGUCCCGGGCCUUUUCCCCCCGCACCACUUCCUGAGCCACCAGCACCACCAACACCACCACCACCACCACCACCCGUACUACGGCCCGCAGACGCAGAGCCACGCCGAGCACCUCGCCUCCGACAGCAGGUUCGUCCGCCGCUGGGAGGGGGCGACCCCCCCGCCGGACAGCUCGCUGCCACACGCCUCGGUGGGUUUCAGCGGGCGCGUCCCCUCCGAUCCGAGCCCGAGGUACGAAGCGGUCAAACCGGAGAGGUCGCCUCCGCCUCCGCCGCCUCCGCCGCCCCGGGACAGCCCCGGGGAUUCCAGCUUCGACAGCCCGACCGAGGCGGUCCUCGAGCGGCUCGGCACCGCCGGGGAGCCGGAAAGGAAGCCGGAGCCCAAAAAGGAGGAAGAGGAGCGAAAAACCCAGAUUGACCCGGACAACCCAGCAGCCAAUUGGAUCUACGCCAAGUCCACCCGGAAGAAACGGUGUCCGUACACCAAGCACCAGACCCUGGAGCUGGAGAAGGAGUUCCUCUACAACAUGUACCUGACCAGGGACCGGCGCCUGGAGGUGGCGGGACUCUUGAAUCUGACCGAGCGGCAGGUCAAGAUCUGGUUCCAGAACAGGCGGAUGAAGAUGAAGAAGCUGAUGAUCAGAGAGAGGAGGAGUGUGAAUGAAUGACGGAUUCCGCUUGUCGCGUCGCCCCCCCUCCCUCUCUCCCUCCGUCUCAGGAGGAUCGAGGUGAGAUUCGAGCUGAUUAAAGAAAACGCAGUGCACCACGACGCACGCGGCAUCACUUAACACCAGCGGGCACGAGCAGCUGUUACUAAGCAACGGGAUGUGAAGAUAAUGGCUGCGGUGGGAACAUUCUGUGAAUUAGGGGAGGCCGGGAUGUGUUCUAACACAGAGUAUUCUUUAGAUUUACACACAAGACCCAUGAAUUGAAUUUUAAAAACCUAUAGAGUUCGCUCUCUUUACGACACGUCGGUUUCUGCUGAGGCGGAAUGUCUCGCAAAAGAAACGUCUUUACACAAAAAGUCUCUGCGGCUACUGCCAAAAUAACUUUUUAUGAUUUAAUGCUAAAACUUUUGUCCUGAUAAAAAACAUCCCUCGGUGUGAACUGACGUACUUCACAUGGAAUUCACAUUAAAAAAAAAUCACGUAUCAGAGGGUAAUAUUUAACUUUACUCUUAGCUGCAACAGUAACGUGAUGAAGGAUGUGACAAAUUGAUACAAACACAUUAAAAGAAUUUCAGUAUUUUCACUGCUGCAAAACAUCGGAAUUCUUCUUCCUCCACACCACGAACCUCCUAAAACCACCCAGUAGUGUCCUAAUAAGUUCCAGGCAACAGAACCUUUUAUGUGUAACACUCACAAUGGUUCCUCUGACCUGCCAUCCGGACGUUUCAUUUAGAAUAACAUUAAUAUUCUCAUUUACUCUCCAUUUGAAUGUUUUUCAAAAGACAAACUGAGAAUUUACAUCCUUAAUGAAAAACAAUUACAUUUAGUCAAAUUUCAAAAAGGUUAAAAUAUAAAAUAUAAAAAUGUAAAAUAUGUUUAGAGAUCAUAAUAGUAAUCAUAAAAUAUUUGCUGAAAUAUGGGUUUCAUCCACAACCUUCUGCAUCUUGUAAGACUAAAAAAAGCCUUAUUAGUUCAACACACAAAAAAGUGUGUUACGACGACCCGAGUCUCCCCUGAAAGGUUCUCUGCUCACCGAUCGGCCUCCUGGUUCGAUUCCCUUUUUAUAAACUGUGCAUGCAUCGCCUCGUGAGGCCUAUCUGUUGUUGUUGUUGUUACCGUGUUGUUGUUAUGUGUAUCUCUGUUGUUAAUGUCUAUGUACCGCUGCGCGCACACACACACACACACAAACUUCACUUCUAAAUGUUAGACAUCCUGACGUCGCGUUAUUGUGGAACUAUUUUUUUUCUCACAACACAUUCUCUGUGGGAGGAAGGACACAUGACCACAGGCUACGUUAGCCUACGUCUGAUGACGUCAUGGUUGUUAAUGAAGCGCUUCUCUCUGUUGUUAUUCUUGUUUUGGUUUGACUGGUAAUCUCAUCCACAUCGGAUUUUGGGGUUUUAUUCAUUUUGCAUUAAUAAUGUAGUUGUGAAGUUUAUGUUUUGUUAAACCAGCUCGUUUAUUAGCUGUAAUAAAAUGACAGUUGUAUUAGUAGCUGUAUGUUUGUGUAAUUCGUGUGAAAUGGACAAACCGGAAAUACUGCGAUUAGUGGAAAGUAAUAAUAUUUAUCAUUCUAAUAUAUUUAUUAUAUAUAAUUAUAUUUUGAGAGAUAAUUAGCACAAACCUACGUUAGAGUUGUGAUGUUAUUUUAUAUAUUUUUGUACCAUUUUUUUAUAUUUUGUAUGAGAAACACACAUAUGUUAUCUACCAAUUACUAUAACUGCUACAUAUUGCAGCCAAUCGUUUCAGUAAAGAAAUAUACAAUCAAAUAGAAUGACGUUUUGGGAUAUUACUAACAUGUUUAAUAAAAUGUCGAUGUUUUUGUAUGAAGUAAAUCCUACACUGUUGCACUAAAGCUAAAUGUAAACGUAGUCGUGUUCUCCUCUAUUAUUCCGGUCUGAUCAGAGUCACGUGUCUUCCGAUUACAGAUCGAUAAC